GAAAGGAUGUAAACGAUGAAAAAGUCAUUAGUCCCAGAAAAGAGAACGCCUCCGGUACGGCGCCAGGGCACGGAGUUCUCCAGGAGCCGGAGUUUCUUGGUCUGUCUUAACAUCUGAGUAAUCUCACAGAGCUGUUUAUCGGAAAUCCCGAGGUACCAGAGAGCGGCAUGUUAUAUCAGGAGACAGAAGAGAAGAUGAUGCAGGUGCCACACUGUAUCGCUGCUGCCGGAGAGAUUGGCACACAGCGGGCGGUUUGCGAGGGGGGGAAGUGGGUACGUCUGAAUGUAGGAGGCACGGUCUUCCUCACUACAAAGCAGACUCUGUGCCAGGAGCCCAACUCCUUCCUCUGUCGCCUCUGCCAGGAGUCCCAGUUGUUGUCUGAGACGGAUGAGACAGGAGCCUUUCUAAUUGACAGAGACCCGUCUUACUUUGGUGCCAUCUUACGGUAUUUGCGAUACGGCAAACUGGUCAUAGACAAGAAUGUUUCCAUUGAAGGCGUUUUAGAAGAGGCCGAGUUUUAUAACAUUGCUUCACUGGUCAAAAUAAUCCAUGAAAGGAUGGACGAGAUUGAAGCCAGUAAGUCCCAACAGAAGCAUGUUUAUCGAGUGCUGCAAUGUCAAGAAGCAGAGCUGGCACAGAUGGUCUCUACAAUGUCUGACAGCUGGAAAUUUGAGCAGUUGGUGAAUGUGGGCUCCCCAUAUAGUUACAGCAGUGAAGGGCAGCCGGAGUUUCUUUGUGUGGUCUCCAGAGAGUUACAGAGUAAGGUGAAAACAUGUGGAUCUGGGGCUUGCAGCACAGCGCAGAGCUGUGAACCUGAGCAUGAAGAAGAGAUUGUGUUGAACCCGGACUGUAUUGUCUUCCAUGAGAGAGAAAGAGAUGGACGGCAUUAACUCUUGUGAGUUUCCAUUUCCCUUUCUGCUUGAGCAUCUUAUCUAAUUUUAUAAUCUUUCUCUCUUCUCUUCUUUGUGGUUGUAAUGCUUUCAUUA